AUGCCGAAAAAGAACAAAUCCUUUAAAAUAUCAGACGUUUUAAAUAAAUGGUUAGAAUCAAGAAUUAAAUCAAGGUUGGAAAAGAAUGCUGGUGGAUUUUUAACAGCAGAACAAGCAUUGGAUGAUAUUAUUAAAGAAAUUACCAUAAAGUCAUUAUCUCAACUUCCAUUACCGGUAUUUUCUAUCUCAAUGAAAACUUUGGCUGAACUUGACGAAAAAAGUAAAUUGGAGAUGUUGGAAGGAUUAAUAGCAAUAACACCAAACCCUGAAUUUGCUUUUGCUGUUACUACAUCAUCAACAUCAUCUUUUUCUAAUGUUGGCAAUGGCGGUGUAGUAGUAGCAGAUAAAAUUCGGGAUUAUUUGGUUUCCAUUCUUUUACCAACAACAACAACAACUUCUUCUUCUUCGCAAGAAAAUUCUACAAAAGUUUCAAUAGAAAUUCAGCCAAGAUUUUUAAAUAUUGUAAAUACUGUUUUAAAAGAAUCCUAUGACUCUUAA